CGCAAGCGCGCUGGGGGUGAGCUCAGCCUCCAUCAUGGCGGCGGCGGUAGAUUAGGGCCGCGGGUCGAAGCAGCCACCACCGCUGGGGGAACCUGUCGGAAGUAACUGUCGCCGCCGCCGCUUCUUUCAUCUAUUCUGGGGCAGGGGCCAGGGCCAGGUUUUACACAUCUGUAAGUAGACUUCUUUGGAGUUCUGCUGGCCAACUCAAUGGCGUCCGCUACUGCUGUGCCUCUAGGAUUUCACUAUGAAACCAAGUAUGUUGUUCUCAGCUACUUGGGACUCCUCUCUCAGGAGAAGCUGCAAGAGCAGCAACUGUCCUCACCCCAAGGGGUUCAACUAGAUGUAGCUUCACCACCUGUGGAUCAUGAAAUUCUAUUAAAAGUUAAAACUGAAAUUGAAGAAGAACUAAAAUCCCUGGACAAAGAAAUUUCUGAAGCCUUUGCCAGCACUGGCUUUGACCGUCACACCUCUCCAGUGUUCAGUCCUGCUAACCCAGAAAGCUCAAUAGAAGACUGUUUGGCCCAUCUUGGAGAAAGAGUGUCACAGGAACUGAAAGAGCCUCUGCAUAAAGCAUUACAAAUGCUCCUCAGCCAGCCAGUGACAUAUCAGGCAUUUCGGGAAUGUACACUGGAGACUGCAGUUCAUGCCAGCGGCUGGAAUAAGAUUUUGGUGCCUCUGGUUUUGCUACAACAAAUGCUUUUGGAGUUGACAAGACGUGGUCAAGAACCCUUGAGUGCACUACUGCAGUUUGGCAUAACAUAUCUGGAAGACUAUGCAGCAGAGUACAUCAUUCAGCAAGGUGGAUGGGGCACUGUCUUUAAUCUUGAGUCAGAGGAAGAGGAAUACCCUGGAAUCAUUGCAGAAGACAGUAAUGACAUUUAUAUCCUGCCCAGUGACAACUCUGGGCAAGUCAGUCCCCCCGAGUCUCCAACCGUGACCACUUCUUGGCAGUCAGAGAGCUUACCUGUCUCACUAUCAGCCAGCCAGAGCUGGCACACAGAGAGCCUACCAGUGUCCCUUGGUCCUGAGUCCUGGCAGCAGAUUGCAAUGGAUCCUGAAGAAGUCAAAAGCUUAGAUAGCAACGGAGCUGGAGAGAAGAGUGAGAACAACUCUUCGAAUUCUGACAUUGUGCACGUGGAGAAAGAAGAAAUACCUGAGGGCACAGAAGAGGCUGCUGUGGCUUCUGCAGUCCUGCCAACCAGUGUGCUGCCGGAGGCGUUCCCUAAAACCCCAGUUCCCUUGCUUCCACCUAUCACUGCCACUUCCUUGCUAGAGACAAGCGAACCUGACACAGAAACGACUGCAGGUGAGAAAGCCAGCCCUGCCACAUCUUUGUUUGUAGAACUUGGCGAAGAAGAGGUGAGAGCAGCAACAAGUGAACCCGCUGAACUGGAAGAGGUGGUGGUCCCUGCACUGGAACCCACAGAACCACUGCUGAGUGAAGGGGAGAUAAGUGUAAGGAAAGAGAGCCUUAUGGAAGAGCCCCCCUGUGCUGGAGAAGAGAAAGCCCUCCCCCUGUCUGAGGGCAAGGCAGUUCUGCUGCUCGGAGGGGCAGCUGCUGUUGCUAUCCUGGCAGUGGCAGUGGGGGUGGCACUGGCUCUGAGAAAGAAAUAGCAGCUUUUCCGAAGAGAAAGAAGAGGAAAGGUAUCUAAGGCUUUGGUGGUAUUGACUGGAAUUUGAACCGUCAGCAGCUGAUCGGACAGUUGUAGAACACUCUGGGAUCAGUGGGGAUUUUUGCUAAGCAGGGCAGUGGAUUGAUCUAUACAUUAGGGCUUGAGGUGGAGGAAGUUCCCAUUUGAUUUUAAGUUCAGGGGUCUGGGCUCACACUAGAUUCAGAAUCUUACGAGUCAAGUACUCCCCCUAGGACAGGGUUUCUCAACUUCGGCAUUACUGACAUUUUGAGCAUUCUUUGUUGUGGGGGCUGCCCUGCAUACUGUGGGCUGUUUAGCAGUGUCCCUGCCCUCUACCCACUAGAUGCUAGCAGCAUCCCCUCGCCUCCAGUUGUGACAACCCAAAAUGUCUCCAGACAUUGCCAAAUGUCCCCUGGGGGGCAGAGUCCCCAAAGCUGAGAGCCAUUGCUCUAGAGGGUGAGGCUUAGUUCAGGAGAAUCUGGGAUAGAAAUUCCCAGGCAGAGGGCUUAGCUGUGGGCUCAUUAGCUACUGGCUUUUCAGCUCUUCGCCCCCUUGGAAUUUCAUCUUUUCUGAUGAGCAGGCUGUUUUGUAGCCACUUCUUUUUGGCUCUCCUCUUCCCCUAUUUCUUAGUCUUGUAGUAUGAGGCCUGCUCUCCCCUUAUAUCUCAGCUGCCUCUAAGGUACUGCACUGCUCCUCUUCAUCCCAGGUUCCUUCUAAGGUCCUGUGGCAGAGGGCUUGCUCUGUACUUUUGCUCAGACCCAUCAAGUCCCCGAAGCUUCUGAUAGCCCCACCUUGUUAAGAUGCUGCCUUUAAGAAUCUUUUAAAAAAGUUAAAUAAGUAUAAAAUAAAAUAAAAAAGACCCAGGGUUCCCUACUUAUGUGUGCAAGGGCAUGUAACCCUGUCUCAUUUAGAGGUGGGAAGAUGGCCUACAUGACCUCCUGAGGUCUCCUCCAGCCUUUUUUGUCUGUGGUCACCUUCCUCACCUUAUGGUUACUUGCCAGCAGCGUCUCUGUUGUUGGAAGGUUGCCAUCUAGGACGCUGGGCUGGUAUGUUUUUCCCAUACCUGGUUUCAGUCUCACUACUGGGCACCCCGCUCCUAUGUGGGUCUCUUGCCAUAUGGGAAGGAUUUUCAUACUUACAAAACCAAUCGAAUCAUAGCUCUUAUUAAAUACAGAAAGUCUCCUAAAUAGCAUUGAAAUAAAAAUUGGGAAAAGAGAGGCUUGCCCUCAAGAUUCUAGUUUAACUUCCACAGUUCAAGGACAGAGGCUUCUUUGCCCAAACUCUUCAGAAAUAAACCCAAACAGUCCCAACCAGUAUAUGCUAAUUGUGUCAGCACAAUUUCCUUUCAUCUGGCCUGAUCCCAUCCCUAAAGGAGGGGUGGAACUGUGUCCUUUUAUGCCUGAGGAUCACAGUGUCACUAUGCAGGACACAUGCUUGAUACAUAAAUUCAUCUCAGAUUUAUCUUAGUAAAUGUAACAAAUUACUUUUUAGAUCCUGAAAUUUGUAAUAAAAUUACUUUACCUACCCUGGUCACCAAAACA